AUGGAGCAGAUCGUCCCUCUCUUGCACGAACCAUGCUUAGACAACGUUGCUGAGAACUACCCUAACCCUUUACCCAGCGAACCAUCCUUACCAAUACCUCGACAACUAGAACCUAGUCGGUGGAAAUGGACCCAACUCAAUCACCUGCUGAGAAGCCUCCUCGGCGGCCUCUUACCGACCUACAUGCACGGCGGGGCGACGACCGGCGAAAAGGAUCCCCAUCCGACGGCCUACCUUGACGCCCUGCGCGGCUACGCGGCUCUGAUCGUUUUCUUCUACCACUCGUACCCACUCCCCAGCUUAUGGGUGUUCCAGAAUGUGUUCUUCUUCCGCGUCCUCUUCCGCGGCGGCCCCGGCAUGGUGGCCAUUUUCUUUGUCAUCUCCGGAUACGUGCUGAGCUACCGCAUGCUCGUCAUGAUACACAACAGAGAUACCGCCAAGUUGCUGGAUUGUCUUGCCUCGUCGACGUUCCGGAGAUGGCUCAGGUUAUACGGCAGCACGGGCGUCGCGACGUUCGUAGCAAUGGCAAUUACCUAUCUGGGGUGGUUUGGGCCACACGCUACAGAGAGAAAAGACACACUUCAUGAGCAGCUAUGGGACUGGUUCAAUGACUGGCUAUACUCGAGCGACCCGUUUGCGCACCUCCAAGGUUGGAUCCAUGGGGGCGCUUUCGGAUCCAGAUACUUGUACCAGAUGUGGACCAUCCCCGUGGAAUACCGAGGCAGCAUGGUGGUGUUGGUGUUUUGCGCUGCGUCGUGCAAACUAUCGACCCGGUCGAGGUGGAUCGCUUUGUGGGUGGUGGUCCUCCUGGCGUAUUACUGGCGGGCGGUGUAUGUUGCGGAAUUCCUCGCGGGCACGUUCAUCGCGGACCUGGCGCUGCUUCCACGUCCCGAGCGCGUGGGUAGGUUGUUGCCCCAAGCUGAAACAAGCGAGAAGCAGCCGCCAUCAGGUGGGUGGCCGGGCCACGGCUUAGCAGGCAAACUCGGGUGCAUCGUCAUGUGUACGGUCGGGCUCUUCUUGCUCAGCCAGCCCGACGAUCCCGACACCAACCCUGCGAUUCCCUUUCCCUGGCCGUAUUUGCUUCGACUUGUGCCCUCAUGGUACGGCGAGGCUAUGUACACUUUCUGGGUCAGCAUCGGAGCCGUCCUGCUCAUCUUCGCGCUGGAUAACUACCCCGCGUUGCAAGUCCCCUUCCGUUGGAGUUUCUCUCAAUACUUGGGCGAUCUCUCCUUUGGGAUCUACUGCAUGCACAUCAUUGUGUUGGAGGGUCUUUUCAAGCCGAUCCUGAACCCUUGGCGUGAGAAGACCCUGGGGGAGGGAUAUCUUGCCUGUUUUGCGAUCGAGGCGGUCGGCACGAUAUGCGUGCUUUGGAUGGCCGACCAUUUCACGCGGUUGGACAAACUGGUCGUCCGGUUUGGGAGGUGGCUACAGAGAAGGACAUUCCAGGAGUGGUAA